AUGGGUAAAAAGACGAAAAUUGGUAAGCAGCGCCGAGACAAAUACUAUCAUCUCGCAAAGGAAGCAGGAUAUCGAUCUCGUGCUGCAUUCAAAUUGCUGCAACUUAAUAAGCGAUUCGAAUUUUUGCAAAAAUCCAGAGCAGUUGUUGAUCUAUGCGCAGCACCAGGUGGAUGGCUUCAAGUGGCCAUACAAAAUAUGCCUGUUUCAUCUAUUUGCAUAGGAGUGGAUUUAGUACCUAUUAAGCCGAUCAACAAAUGUGUAACUUUACAAGGUGAUAUAACCACUGAAAAAACUAGGCAGAUGGUUCGAAAAGAGCUGCAUGGCUGGGAAGCUGAUUGUGUGCUGCAUGAUGGUGCACCUAACGUAGGACGUAAUUGGGUUCAGGAUGCAUUCCAGCAAAAUUGUUUAACGCUAUCAGCUUUAAGACUUGCUACGCAAAUAUUAACAAAAAAUGGUAUUUUUGUGACGAAAAUCUUCCGUUCAAGUGAUUAUUGUCAUCUGAUAUCAGUAUUUGAGAAGCUGUUCAAACAAGUACACGUUUGGAAACCAGCAGCUUCACGUCUAGAAUCUGCGGAGAUUUUUGUAGUCUGUGAGAAGUAUUUAAAACCGGAAAAACUUGACCCCGAUCUCUUAGAUCCCAAAAAGGUAUUCGCUGAAUCGACACAGCAGUCAGUCAUCUCAAAUCCUCAAUUAAUGUUGCAACCACGCGCAAAGCUGAAGAAAGUACCAGCAACUGGCUAUGAAAAUGAAUCUGUUUCACUCCAUAAAACAAUAAAUGCCACAGAUUUUAUUCAUAGUAACAAUUAUCUAGAAUUAUUGGCUUCUGCAUACAAAAUUGCUCUAGAUGAUGAAAGAUGGUUAAAUAACGAAUCAACAACUGAUGAAGUGAAGUGUUGUUUGGAAGAUAUUAAGGUAUGCGGCCCGAGAGAGUUACGAUUGAUACUGAAAUGGAGACGUAAUAUUAUCACGAAAAUAAAUGAAGAAGGGAAUGAAACUGAAAAUCCAACAAAAGAUGAUGUAAUGGCGGUCAAUCCUGAAGAUGAAAGGAUGGCAGAAAUCGAACAACAGUUGUCAAUGGCAAAAGCAGAAGAAAAGGCAGCACUGAAGAAAAAGAAACGAAAAUUGCUGAAAGAUAAAGCUAAUCUCGAAAAAAGAAAAAAACUGAAAAUGCUAGUGGAAGGAGAUACGUACGAAAUACCCGAUGAACAGGAACUCUUCUCGUUAAAGAAACUUGCGAUAGCUAAGAAUAAACGGUGUGCAGAUUCAGAGUUAAGUAACAGUAAGAACGAGAAUGAGAGUGAUAACGAUGAAGGCUGUAGUAGUGAUGAUGAUAACGAUGAUUAUGGCAUAGAUGAUGAUGCGGAAGAAUUUCAUCACGAGCAGGAUCCAAGUAUGUCGAAAGCAGAGAAAACUGAAGCUCAAAAAGCAGAAUGGUUUGGCCGGCAUCAAGUUGCUGAACUGGUAGAUGAUGAAGAAGGUGCUCUAAAAGCUAUUGAGAAUUUCAUGAAAAAAUUUAAUAACACUUCACAAAGUUCUUUCAAUAAGAAGAAGAAGGAUGAAAGAGAUGGUCAGAAGUCAAUUGCCGACGCAUGGUCAGAUAGAGGAAAUAAUGCAGAUAGCCAAAAACUUAGUAACGGCGCAGGAAUAGAUGCAGGAACAACUUCUGUUUUCAUGGAUGAUGAUGAAAGCGACGAGGAGUAUCAUGAUAUAGACAAAAUUGAUACGAAAACUUCCUCAUCUGAUAUACCGCAGAAAGAAAAGCCAGGAAAAGCCAAAAAACUAUCGCCUGAGCUACUUGCACUUGGAGAACAACUAAUAUACUCAUCAAAAACAAGGCGAGAUCUGGAAGAUUGGGGAUGGAACAGGUAUACAAACAAUGAUGAAGGACUUCCUGAUUGGUUUGUAGAAGACGAAAAAAAGCACUUCAAAAAGGAACUUCCGGUUUCAAAAGAUCGAGUGGAUUUCUAUAAAAAUCGUAUGCGAGAUAUUAACACACGGACAAUCAAAAAAGUUGCUGAAGCAAAAGCACGCAAGAAAAAACGACGGGAUCGGAAAUUACAGCUAGCAAAGAAAAGAGCAGAAGGUAUCAUUGAAAGUGAAAAUAUGGAGCAAGCAGAAAAAAUCCGAGAGAUUCGCAAGUUAUACCGCAAGACAGCCUCAUCAAUAAAGGAAAAGAAAAAGAUAACCUAUGCAGUAAUGACGAAGGGCAAAAGAGGAAGUUUAUCUAGGCCAAAAGGGCCAUAUAAAGUAGUGGAUGCUCGGUUGAAGAAAGAUAAUCGUCGUCAAAAGCAGAUGAACCAGAAGAAAGGAUAUAAAGCAGGUGGUAGAGGUGGUAGGCGUCGCAAUAGGAGAUCCGAUUGA